CGCUGAGAGGCAGUGAACAGCAGAGGUCUAACGUUAGCUCAGCUACUCAUUAGGACAGAGACAUUGAACAGUGAAGACGUUUUGCGGGGAACAUUUCUGCAAGCAAAUGUUAACUUUCGGAUAAUACAGUUUGCUAGACUGUCUAGCGUUUCGGGGGCUAGCGUUCAGUUUCUCGAGAGGUGUUCUGCGGUGGAAAUAGCAAAAAUGUCGUCUCCAAGUCCGGGUAAAAGGCGAAUGGAUACCGAUGUGGUGAAACUCAUCGAGAGCAAGCAUGAAGUUACCAUCCUCAGUGGACUCAAUGAAUUUGUAGUGAAGUUUUUCGGACCACAAGGAACACCGUACGAGGGAGGCGUGUGGAAGGUGCGAGUAGAUCUUCCCGACAAAUACCCUUUCAAAUCGCCAUCAAUAGGAUUCAUGAACAAGAUUUUUCAUCCCAACAUUGAUGAAGCGUCAGGGACAGUGUGCUUAGAUGUCAUCAACCAGACAUGGACAGCCCUUUACGAUCUGACCAACAUAUUUGAGUCGUUCCUGCCGCAGCUGCUGGCUUACCCGAACCCCAUCGACCCCCUGAAUGGAGAUGCAGCUGCCAUGUACCUUCACCGGCCAGAGGAGUACAAGCAGAAAAUCAAAGAGUACAUCCAGAAAUAUGCAACAGAGGAGGCUCUGAAGGAGCAAGAAGAGGGGGCAGGCGACUCUUCAUCCGAAAGCUCCAUGUCUGAUUUCUCAGAAGAUGAGGCCCAGGACAUGGAGUUGUAGUGAUAGGAGGGCUCCCCCAUCCCGCCCCCUCCUUUAACCCCCCACAGAGACUAUAUUUGAUUUCCUAACCAUGAGAAAAGCAGACUUAUAAUAUUCAUAUUUAAACAAGUUGAUUUUUUAUUAUUAUUAUUACUAAACAAGGAUUUUUAUGGAUAUCUAGCCUUUUGGUGUGUUUGACACCCCUCCCAUUCUGUAGCUGUUUCUCCCUGCACAGAUGUCGCGAUUGCUCUCACAUUCUCUCCCUCUCAUUGAUGCAGUUUUUGAGGUGCAUCAUGUAGUCUUAGGCAGGACUUCUCCUCGCCUGUUUACUCAAAUUUCUCUGUUUUUUUAAAAGCAGUUUUGAAUUAAGGCCUGAAUCCUAAUUUUUCUGUUUUUGUUCCACCAUGCUAACUGAGUCUGACCAACUCUUUAUUAAAUGCUUCAUAACAAACAGAGCUGCUAAGGUGUUUAGCUCUACAAUUACAUUAAGGAACCAAGACUGUAUUUUUAAAGCGCACAAUCACAAAUGGGGUGCAUUAGCACACAUUAGCUUAAAAAUACAAAAGGUGUAGAGCCAAGAACACCCAGAAAUCAACCCUCAAUGUCUCCUAAGCAGGUCUUUUUCAUAAUAUUGAGACAUGUUGGUAAAAUAUAGUCAUUUUUGACAUGUUACUUAAGUUGUUGUUACUCUUGUCUGAAUGGAUGCAUCUAACGCACUACAAGAGCAGCUGAGAAAUGCAAAAUAAAUGCACAAUCUCCUGAGACCCAGGCUUUUGUUGAAAAGCAUUUUUAGUUUCUCUCACUUAUUUAGGACGAGUGGACCUGAUAAGUAAAAAAUAUGGGCUCUGUUUAUGAACAGGAAGUAUUUUUCACCAAAAAUGACGCAUGUGAGGACAACAGUCUUAUCUUACUGUACAACACACAACUUUUUAAACAAAAUUUUAAAUGCAUUUUGAGUGUGUUUUGUCCAGUUGGUCUGGAUUUGAUUAGUGAGUAAGAACAGGUAUGAAUUUAAUUUUCACUAAAAGUUCUGGUCUUGGAAGAUUUCCAUUAAAGUGAUCAGAGAUUUCCAAACAUAGAUAAACCUCUAAAUUCCCUUAAAAUUCAGUAAGCUUUUCUGAAAAGAUAUUCAUAAAAUUUUCACCGCAAAUUCCAUUAGAUUUUCAGAAAAAAUUCAGGCAAAUUCCCCAAAAAUUUCUAAUCAAAUGCCCCAAAAUUUACGAAUAAAUUCCCCCAAAUUCCAAUGAAAUUUCUGGAAUAUUUCCAAACAAAUUCCUUCAGUUUCUCCCCUAAAAAAAUCCUCCCUGAAAUAGAUGAAAAUUCAGAAAAAUUCAGUAACCAGAUUUCUGAUUUAAUUUCCAUCACUUUAAAGAUAAAUUUCCAUGAAAGUGAAAAAAAAAUUAAAACAAAAUUCAAAUAUUUUGGUAAACAUUUCUGAAAAUAUAUACAUGAAAUUUUCACUGAAAAUUCCAUGAAAUUUUCUGAAGAAAAAAAAAAAAAUCAGGCAAAUUCAAAACAAAAUUUCUAAUCAAAUUUCUAAGAAUUUUACAAAUAAAUCCAUUCAAAAUUCCAAUGAAAAUUCUGGAAAAUCUCCAAAUAAAUUCCCCAAAAAUAUCAAACCAAAUUCCCCAAAUUGUACAAAUGAAUUCCCCAAAAAAUACAUUGAUAAUUUGGAGGAUUAUUGAACAAAAACUUUUCCCAAGCACUCAAAACAAUCCAUGACAAUUCAGGAAAAUUUGGAUGGAAAUUCCUACCAAAUUUUUUCAAGCAGAUUUCUAAAACUUUAGAAAUGAUAUCCCCAAAUUCCCAAAAUAACAAAACAGGUCCCAAAAAAUUCUAAAGAAAAUUCCUGAAAAUUUAAAAUGAAUUCUCCAGUAAAUUACUUUUACUUUUACUUUUGUUUUGUUUUUUUUUUCUGGAAAAUUGCCUUAAUAUUUCUAAUGGCAGAAUUUAUUACCAUAGGCUUUGUCCUCAUAUGAACACUCAGGGUCUUAGGAGGAUAAUGAGAAGGUCAGGAUUUCAUGAACAGGUAAUCAAAUGCAUGGCUCUUUAAUACGAGUUAGGUGUUUUGGGUGUUGAUUUGUGUUACUUACACUUGUUUUUGUGGAGCUCCUGGUCAGACUCGAUCAGUGUGAUGGAAACUGAAAACAGCCAAGCUACCCUUUAACCAUCUGACCAUGUGAAUUUUAUAUUUCAGAAAAUUUGCUCUAGUUUUCUGUCAGGAUGCACUUGAGCAACAGACAUUCUCAUUGUGUAUCUUGCAUUGUUUUAGAUUUUAAAACAAAUUUCUAUAAUGUUAUUGUUUCAGAACAGCUUCCAAAGCAGAGAAAGAAUGUAACUAUCACCUGACGUGGUGAAGAAAAACCAGCAUCAAAGUCGGUUUAGAUUUUAGUGAAAAGCAACAAAAAUGGUCACAUGGUUAAAGAUUCAGGUAUGCGUAUCAUUCCUAACGUUCCACAUCCUGCAAAUGCAUGCCCUCCAUAUUGGUUAGAUCAGUGAUAAAUACCCAACUGGACUUACACUUUAUUUUUGCCUGGAUGUGGAUAACUAAAGGAUUGCAAAAUUAGAGCGCAAUAUAUGACAAUUAGCCCUGUAGCAAUUUUUGUUUUGAUUAAAUUUGUAUGUACAGAUUUGUUUCUAAUCCCAAAAGAAAACUUGUAUGAGGUUUAUUGAAAGAGAAUGCAAUCGCAGCUUUGAUAUUUUUCCCCUUCCUUUAUUUCUUGUAUUUUUUUGCGAUGGGGGGGUCAACAAGUUUGGAUUACUUUUUUUUUUAAUGUACAGCAUCUACCUUGUACAGUGCUAAAAACAGUUCUCCGUAGCCUCAUGAAAAACUCCAAAAACACUGGCCGAGUGUUGCUCACGGAGGCUGACGUGGCAGUCAAACUACCUAGAAAACCUUGAGAUGUACUCACUUCAUAGAUUGCAGUAAGAAUCACUGGUUGCUUUGUAAGGCAGAUCCCAAACUGGGAGAUUCAAGGCCGAAUUGUACCCGGGAGGUCCCCUUGUCACCUCUGAUUUCAACUCCCUCUUCUGUGCCUCAUCACAACGGGGACCAGGGAAGACGUCCCCCUAACCAUCUUUUCCAAUGCACCAUGAAAGUCAAAGAAAAGCACAUCCUUUCACUCUCCUCUUCCUACAGUUUAAUCCUUUAAAUUUGUUUCACUCUGUUGCAGUUAAGAGGAAUGACCCAGGGCUGAUGAGCUAAUGAAGGAUUGUUAGAGGUUGGAAACAGAUGGGUUGUAUCUCUCACCCGGGACAUACUGAAAGGCUGGAAAUCAUUCUACUACUUGUUAAACCGUGCUUUUGACUUGUCAGGAUAGUUAGGCUUUUUCUGGGUGUUGACUUCCACAAAAACGGCCGUAUUACAGAUAGUUAGCUUAGUUUUCUACCUGCUGAAGCAUUCAUUGCUCAUCUGACUUUUUUAGUUAGUGUCUGUUGUGUGGUUACAUGUAAAAUACUCCAUAGACAUGCCUGCUUGUCGUCUUCUUAAAGAUUCAGAGUUGUACAGAUGAGGGAUUUCAAAGCGGGGUGUUGAUUAACGUGUAGUGAGCCUGAUAGAGCUAACUGUACAAAAAAUCAAAUACGGGGUUCUGCCUUUUAUAGAUUGUUUCAAACUCUCCACAAGAGACAUCCUUCUCAUUUGUUUUUCAUUUCCAGUAUUUAUCUGAAGAGUUUAAACUUGUAAAGCUAUGGGAUAAUAAUUUCUGUCAUCCAGCCUUGGGUUAGUCUUAAUUGCUCUGGGUUAGCAUCCAGAGCUAACGUUUGUGAUAUCCAACAUUUUUAAGGCAGUAUACAGCUUUGUGAAUGUUUUACCCACUUAAACAGAACAAACCUGCAUAUUGUACCUCAUUCCCGCCUUCAUAGUCAAUGAUUCUUACCUAAAGCUGCCCAUAAAUAUGUAUUUAUUCAUUAAAGAGACCUCCUUUUUUGUUUUUAAUCUGAGCACUGUCAUGGUUCAACUCGAUUUUCACUACUUGAGCUUGAAGUUUUUGUUUUAAGAAAUUCAGAUUGGAAUUCCUGUUUUACUUUUUUGUGCAGUAUUGUACCAGAGUGCUGAAAAUACAGUGUAUCCUUGCUAAGAAUUGUAAUAAAAAUAGCACAUUAUGAUGCAGUGGUGCAACAGGGAGCUAGUGAUAUGUCCGUCUCAAGACUCUGAUGUUUGGGUAAAAUUUGUAGGUUUUAUUUUCAGCAUUAUUUGCAUCUGAUGGGCAUGUAUGGAGCUGAGAGAAUACUGACUGCCUUUGUGUUUCAGGUAAUUGCCUCCAACUAAAAUGGAAAACAAGCUUAUUGUGAUUUUAUUUCAUGUCUUUUUGGCCUCCUCUGCUGAGACAACAAUGCCUAACUGCUACCCACAGGCUUAAACAUCAACACCUGACUGCUACAUUAGGAUUCCUGGAACCUCAAAAUAUCCUGAGCCAUAUCCCCAAAACUCCCACACCCUGCUGGAUACAAUAAAGAUGAAGGUCCUUGGAUAACUGAGUGAACUGCUCUUGCAUUAAUCCAUAGACAGGACGUCCAGGGCCCAUUCUCCCUUUUUUAUCAGCACAGCUGCAGAGAGCCAGCACCCUGAUCCUGUAAAACCACCUCCUCCUCCCCCUCCCCGUGUGUUGACUGUGUCCUCUUGUGCACUUGCAUGCUUCUGGUGUGGAGUCGAGGCCGGCUUGGUGCACACCUCUCCCAUUCUGUCUUGUGCUUUGUGUGGAUUUGUGCCCUGUGCUGGCCUAUUGCUGCCAUCAGGGGAUUGAAGCAGGCACACACAGCAUGGAAAAAAUUGCAGUUUUUUAAUAGAAACUAUGUAUUUGUUACCUAGUGUGUGAUACUUGAGGGGUUAAAAAGUCAAAAGGUUUAUUUUUUGUUUUGAAAAAGUCCAUCCUUGGUCUUAUUUUUAUCACCCUCUCUGCCCUCCUUCUCUUGUUUUUUCUUUGCAUUGUGAAGUGGGCAUGCUUGUCAUUAAACAGACAAAAUGCUCUCUAUUAAUAGGCUUAUAACCUCAUAAAUAGUUGUGUAUAAAAAACUGUUAUAACUUCUUUUUUAAUAAAACAUCCAAUGUGUAU